CAUCGUUCAGCUGCAGUCAGUGUUUAAACGAAGAUAAGUAACGACGUACUGAACGGAAAUUUCGUGGAAUAUUAUUAAACAAGAUGAACCGGUUGGUUGGCUUCGUGUUGAUAGCUGUAUCAGUGUCUCUAGCAUUCGGAUGCAGAGUUCCUAUAAAACAUUACAAUACAAUGAAAUGUACUCCAGUAGGUGGUAACGUGGGAACAGAUUGUCCCAUUAGUUUUAACUGCCCAAGUAUUACACAGCAUGAUAAUUCCAAAUGUUACUUCAACGGUAAAACAUACGAACUGAGUGAGCAAAUUCCCAACGAACAGGUUGCUCCGUUUUGUUCGGCACUAUGCUAUUGUCGAAGUGCUUCACCAUUUGCGCAGUUCCGGUGCACUCACGUUGACUGUGCAGAAUUUUUCCAAUCAUUUGAUUACGACAAUUGUAUUCGUACAUACAAACCUAAGAGCUGUUGUUCGUCCGGAAAAGUUUGUGGCAAGGAAAAGAAAAAAUUGGCGAAAUGUUUUCUGGAUGGCGAUGAAUAUCUCGCCGGUCAAAAAAUGCACCCGUCUGGAAAUAAAUGCCUCACCUGCAUUUGCCACGAAAACUUCAAUGAGACAAACAUCUCAUCCGAUCCUAACUGUUACGAAUCCGUCUGUGGGUUCGAACUCUUCUAUGCCAAACAAGCCUAUAAGGGAGGCGCGCCAGUUUACUACGAGGAUCAUUGCUGUCCAUGGGAGUGGAGGAUGCCAAAAGACACAGACAAGCUAGUUAAAAGCACACAAAAGAACGAAAUCAACGAUCCCACGUUACAGUGUCAGUAUGGUAAGCUAACAAUGAAUGUCGGCGACUCUUUAAUGCCGGAAGUGGCCGAUGGAUUCACUUACAAGUGUUCAUGCUUGAUUCCGCCGCUGAUGCAGUGUGUAAAAACUAAGAACUCAAAAGAGUAACUCAUCAAUCGGUAGUCAAACUAAUAAAUGCUCUAAAAUCACCAACAAAACCGAACCUUUUGUGUUCUUCAGCUCUUGUUAUGGUUGGUGCUUUCGAAACCUCAAGUCGAAAAAUAUAUUUUUUAUUAUUUCGGCAUUUUCAA